AUGGUGAACACGCGGAACAGCUCGCGGCCGAGCAGCAGCCACUUCAUCUCCUCCAGGACCCGCUCAUCGUCGAGGAGUGAGCGCAACUCCGAUGAACAUAAGGAGAUAAGCAGUGAUGUGAGCAGUCCACGGCUAAGCCCGCCUGCCAAGCGGCCCCACAGGCAGAUGACAUCGGAGCCCAGCUCCAGCGACACGUCCCCUUCGCCCCAGACCAAAGGCCAGAGGGUCAGCUGGGACCUUCCCACUUACCGCACUAGGUUGUCAUCUCGUAUUAUGCAGAACGGGCAUGGUAAUAUCACACGGCGCCACAUGGGCCAGGGUGACCACUCGCGCAUGAACGGCCACGUGGAGCUUAAAAGGAGCUGCCGUGUGAGGAAGAGCCAGUUUGAACACCUCAACCAGAGCCUGCUGUUUGACCAGCUGGUGAACAGCACUGCCGAGGCUGUCCUCCAGGAGAUGGACAACAUCAGCAGCAUCAGGCAGAACCGUGAGGUGGAGCGCCUCCGCAUGUGGACCAGGGACACCGAGGAGGAAAACAUGGACAUGUACUCUCGUGUGAAGCGGAGGAAGUCAAUGCGGCGCAGCACGUUCAGCCUGCCCGCGCACCAUAAAGUCAUGAGUAAAACGCAAGAAGAGGAGGAGGAGGGCACGGAAGAAUCUCACGGGGAGGAAGAGGAGGAGGACGCAGAGGACGAGGACGACGAAGGGGAUGAAGCCGAAGAAGCAGGGGAGGGGAACGACAGGCCGUACAACUUGAGGCAGCGCAAGACAGUGCAGAGAUAUGAGGCUCCACCAAUUGAACCAGUGAACAGGAAGCAAAGCAACCCCACACUCUUUGAUACGCACAGGUCGCCAGCAAGAAGAAGCCAUAUACGAAUAAAGAAACACGCCAUUCACAGCAGUGAUACCACCUCCUCCUCCGAUGAGGAGCGUUUCGAGAGAAGGAAAAGCAAAAGUAUGACGCGGGCUAGGAACAGAUGUCUGCCCAUGAACUUGACAGCGGAGGACUUGGCGAGCGGCGUCCUGCGUGAUAGGACAAAAGUGGGGGCCAGCCUGGCCGAUGUGGACCCCAUGAACCUCGACACCUCAGUGAGAUUUGACCAAGUGGGUGGCCUUGGGAAUCACAUUCAGUCUCUGAAGGAGAUGGUCGUGUUCCCACUUCUUUAUCCAGAGGUCUUUGAGAGAUUCAAGAUUCAACCUCCACGGGGGUGUUUAUUUUACGGCCCACCAGGGACAGGAAAGACGCUAGUGGCUCGAGCACUGGCCAACGAGUGCAGCCAAGGCGAGCGUAAGGUUUCCUUCUUCAUGCGCAAAGGCGCCGACUGCCUCAGCAAGUGGGUUGGCGAAUCGGAGCGCCAGCUGCGCCUCCUAUUCGACCAGGCAUAUAUGAUGAGGCCAUCUAUCAUCUUCUUUGAUGAGAUUGAUGGCUUAGCUCCGGUUCGCUCCAGUAGGCAGGACCAGAUACACAGUUCUAUUGUGUCUACUCUGCUGGCCUUGAUGGAUGGCCUAGACAGCCGUGGGGAGAUAGUGGUCAUCGGUGCUACCAACAGACUUGACUCUAUCGACCCAGCGCUGCGGAGGCCCGGCCGUUUCGACCGGGAAUUUCUCUUCAACCUGCCCGACAAGACUGCCAGAAAGCACAUCUUGCAAAUCCACACACGGGACUGGAACCCCAAAUUGUCUGAGCCAUUUGUAGAUGAACUUGCAGAAAAAUGUGUUGGCUACUGCGGCGCAGACAUCAAAGCACUUUGCACAGAGGCGGCGCUGGUGGCGCUACGCCGCCGCUACCCCCAGAUAUACGGCAGCAGCGUCAAGUUGAAACUAGACGUAGCCUCCAUAGUGCUGGGACCCGCCGAUUUUGGCCGGGCUAUGAGGGCCAUUGUGCCGGCCUCCCAGAGGGCGCUGGCACCCUCGGGGCGGGCGCUGUCACCCAUCCUCAGGCCCCUACUGGCUGGCGCCUUCUCCUUGGUGCUCAAUGCUCUUCUCAGAGUCUUCCCCCAUGCUCAGUGUGCAGACAGGGACAUCCACGGCGGCGACAAUCAACUACUUGAAGAAGAUGUGUACAGUGAUGACGAAAACGAGGAGCGUAGCACUUCAAUCUAUGAAGUCCAGUCUGCUUUGUGCCCGCUAAGCCCGUCAGAGUCCUUGAGCGCUGCAAUGUGCCGGCCCUUCAUUCAUAGCUCUUUUUCACCCCACCAGCAACCCACCUCAUACCGGCCUCGUUUGCUCCUGGCCGGUACCCCGGGCUCAGGACAGAGUUCUCACCUAGCCCCCGCCUUGCUGCACCACUUGGACAAGUUGCCUGUGCACCGCCUGGACUUGCCCACCCUCUACUCUAUUAGUGCUAAGACGCCGGAGGAGUCCUGUGCUCAGGUAUUCCGUGAGGCCUGCCGGAGCACUCCCAGCGUGGUGUUUGUGCCGCACAUCUCUGAGUGGUGGGAGACUGUGAGCGACACGCUAAAGAGCACCUUCCUCACACUGCUGCAGGACAUACCCUCCUUCUGCCCGGUCCUUAUCCUCGCCACCGCCGAAAUGUGCUACUCGCGGCUCUCUGACGAGGUGAGGAGUAUGUUCCAGAAGGCUUAUGGUGAGGUGGUCACACUGCAGCCACCAGGCGAAGCAGAGAGGAGGAGCUUCUUUUCAGAUCUGCUGCUGGUCCAAGCGGCCAGAGCUCCACCGCGCCUCAGGAAUACAGAGCGGAUCGUGGAGGUUCUGCCUGUGGCUGACGCCCCAGGCCCUAGGGUGCUGUCUGCUGAAGAACAGCGUCGCCUGGCAGAGCAGGAGGAAAACACAUUACGAGAGCUCCGGCUCUUUCUCAGGGAUGUGACCAAGCGGUUGGCCACCGACAAACGCUUCAACAUCUUCAGCAAGCCUGUUGACAUUGAGGAGGUGUCGGACUACCUGGAGGUUAUCGGACAGCCCAUGGACCUGUCGACUGUCAUGACCAAGAUUGACAAGCACCAUUACCUGACGGCCAAAGACUUUCUGGUGGAUAUUGACCUUAUCUGCAGCAACGCGCUUGAAUAUAAUCCCGAUAAAGAUCCUGGAGAUAAAGUGAUCCGGCACCGAGCAUGCAGCCUCAAGGACACAGCGCAUGCCAUCUUUGCCUCAGAGCUCGACCCAGAGUUCGAUCGAAUGUGCGAAGACAUAAAGGAGGCACACAGGAAGAAGAACGAGCAGACGCCAGUUCAGCCUGCAGCGGCAGCAUCAACGGCGGCAGCAGCAUCAACAACUUCAAUAGCAGCGACUCCUUCGAGUGCUCUCGGAUCCAGGAAGAGCCUAGCUUCUGCGGAACAGCAGAGCAAGGCCAGCACUCAGGGCGAGACUACCGAGAAUAAACCAGGCACCCCAAAUCAUGUCAAGAAGAAGCUUCGCCGACGGCCAUCUUGGGUCCGGGGCAUCAUCCGCAAACACAAGCACCACAAGAAGUCCGUGGAAGAGGAGAAAGGGCAGGAGCACCCUGAGGCCGAAACUGAAGCGGCGGGGCCAAGCGACUCCUGUCUGACGCUGGACGAGGAGUCCUCCUGUGACACACCGGGCCUUCAGGCCAACGGCCACCUCCCUCAUGUCUCCUCCAUGGAGGAAGAGAGCUCCAACGAGCCUCCGGUUUGCUCUGCGGAGGCUGGAAAGGAGUUGGAAAAGCAAACUCGCCUGCAUUGCCUUGGAAACAGUUCUCAUCCACAGGCAGACGGGGACAGUCAAAGUGAUGCAAAACCUUCGAUUGAAAAAUCAGAGUGCUCAGACACUCAGCACACAGAGGUUCUCCAUGUAACGCAAGUGAACGGGAACGAGUCCAUGGAUAGUCUUGACUCACAGUGUCAAGAGAAAAAUGUCAGGGCUAUCGACAAAAGGACUCAACACAACAUAGCGGAUGACGCAGGGAAAAAGGUGGCCGUGGGGGAACACAACAGUAAUCAUGAAAGCGAAAUAACUGAAGAUCUUGUGAUAGAAAGUCUGGAGGAAGAUCAGGACAAAGAAGGGGACUCCAGGGCGAAGAAAUGCAAGAGGGGCACGUCAGAGCAAUUGAAAGCGUCGGCCGAGAGGACGGAGGAAGAAGCCAAACCAACGUCUCCACCCCCGCCUCCACCCCCUCCGCCACCUCCACUCGUGGUUGACCACCAGCAACUUUUGGUGCUACUCAACAUGGUGGUGAGGAAGAGUGAAGGCUUCAGCGUGGAGCAGAUGGAGAGACUCUACUCGGUGCUCAGCCAGUGUAUCUUCACCCAUCGCAGAGAGUACGACAAGACACGAUUACUGGAGGUAGACCCUGAGCAAACUGCCCCCGGACCCCUAACCGCCUCCUCCCACGGGACCACAAACUGA